UAAUCUUCUUUGUCGCUCGCCCACCAAUCACCCCGGCCAGCCUCGUGCGACGACACAUUCCUCCGCCCUCACACUGUACAACUUCCUUCUUGCUGCCCCAGCAGGUUCGACUUCCGCCAACGCACGCUUCCUUGUGGCUUCGCCGGCAUGGCCGUCUCCAUGCUGCAUGCUCCCUCGCGGGCUUCCACGUCGUCGUCCUCGUCCUUCGUUCCCGUUUCUCGCCAGAACACCAUGUCCUCUCACGAUGGCUCCCGCUCGGUGCGCCAGUCGAAGCGUUACUCGGUCACCGCCCUGUACCUGUCCAUGUCCGCAAAGGACAAGGAGCUGGAAAUCGAGGAUGACCUGGCAAGAGCACAAAAGGCUUUGCGCGAAUUGAAAGCCAAAAUAUCGUCACAGUCGAAAAAGAACUUCGUCUUGGAAAAGGACGUGCGCUAUCUGGACUCGCGCAUAGCGUUGCUCAUUCAGAAUCGCAUGGCUUUGGAAGAGCAAAAUGAGGUUGCGAACCACCUAGACGAAUCCACCGAGCUGCAGGAGGGCUUCUUCCCCAACGACGAGAAGACACAAAAAUACGGAAAUCUGCUCUUCCUCCUGCAGUCGGAGCCAAAACACAUUGCACACCUGUGUCGCCUCGUCUCCAUGGCCGAGAUCGAUGCCUUGUUGCAGACCGUCAUGUUCACAAUCUACGGAAACCAGUAUGAGAGCCGUGAGGAACAUCUGCUACUGACCAUGUUUCAGUCUGUCCUGACAUAUCAAUUCGAUCACACCCCUGACUAUAGCUCGCUACUGCGCGCCAAUACCCCCGUGUCGCGCAUGAUGACCACAUACACCCGCAGAGGUCCGGGUCAGAGCUACCUGCGGGUCGUCUUGGCCGACAGCAUCAACUCGUUGAUCGAACUGAAAGACUUGGAUCUGGAGAUCAACCCUCUGAAGGUAUACGAGAAGAUGGUCAGCGAGAUCGAGGAAAAGGAGGGCUGCCUUCCGCCCGAUCUUCCCAAGGGAGUUACCGCAGAACAGGCGGCCGAGAACGAGACGGUGCAGCAGAUAAUCGCACCGCGGCUGACCAUGCUCUCGGAAAUCGCAAACAACUUUCUGACAACCAUCAUCAACGGUCUGGAAGAAACGCCCUACGGUAUCCGAUGGAUAUGCAAGCAGAUUCGAAGUUUGUCAAGAAGGAAGUACCCAGACGCACAGGACCAGACUAUAUGCACUCUGAUCGGAGGCUUCUUCUUCCUUCGAUUCAUCAAUCCUGCCAUCGUCACCCCGAGGUCGUACAUGCUCAUCGACGCAACGCCAGCAGAGAAUCCGAAGCGCACGCUCACCUACAUUGCUAAGAUGCUCCAGAAUCUGGCCAACAAACCUUCGUACGCGAAGGAGCCGUACAUGGCGAAGCUGCAGCCCUUCAUCCAUCAGAACAAGGAUCGCAUGAAUAAGUUCCUUCUCGAUCUGUGCGAGGUUGGUGAUUUCUACGAGAGCCUGGAAUUGGACAACUAUGUUGCGCUGUCUAAGAAGGACCUCGAGCUUUCCAUCACCCUGAACGAGGUCUAUGCCACGCAUGCGCUCUUGGACAAGCAUGCCGCUGAGCUUGCAAAGGAUGAAGGCUCUCAUCUGGCCGUACUUCUUCAAGAGCUCGGACCUGCACCAGCUCAGCUGCCACGCAAGGAGAAUCGCGCGAUCAACCUUCCCCUGUUCAGCAAGUGGGAGACACCAUUGGAUGAUCUCAAUGCGGCUCUCGAUAUCACACAAGAUGACAUCUACUUCAUGGAGGCCAAGUCGACAUUCGUCAUGAUCUUGCGGUCUCUGCCUCCGAACUCAUCAAUAACACGCAGGCCGCUGAGGCUGGAUCGAAUAGCCGAAGCCGCAGCCACAACCAAGAAUGAUUCAGUCAUGGUCAAGAAGGGCAUCAGGAGUAUGGAGCUGUUGAGCCAACUGCAAGAAUCCGGCGUCAUCGACAAGGAAGAUGGCUUUGCUCUUCUUCGAGACGAGGUUGAGCAAGAGCUGGUGCAUUUGGGCUCCAUGAAAGAAAAGGUCCUCGAAGAGACCAAGAAGCUCGAAGAAGUUUUCCGAACAAUCCGCGAUCACAACGCCUACCUCGUCGGCCAGCUCGAAACUUACAAGUCAUACCUCCAUAAUGUGCGCAGCCAGUCCGAAGGCAAGACGCGAAAGCAACAGAAACACCAGGUACUCGGUCCCUACAAAUUCACGCAUCAGCAGCUCGAGAAGGAAGGUGUCAUCCAGAAGAGCAAUGUUCCCGAGAACCGCAGAGCGAAUAUCUACUUCAACUUCACGAGUCCUCUGCCCGGUACAUUCGUCAUCUCGCUCCAUUACAAGGGCCGCAACCGCGGUUUGCUGGAGCUGGAUCUGAAGUUGGAUGAUUUGCUCGAGAUGCAGAAGGAUAAUCAGGAAGAUCUGGAUCUGGAGUAUGUGCAGUUCAAUGUGUCGAAGGUGCUGAUUCUGCUCAACAAGCGGUUCGCGAGGAAGAAGGGGUGGUAAGCGAGGAGCGUCGAUGUCGGGGGAGGACAUUUGAUACCCCCUUUCUUUGGAGAUACUUGUCGACAUCAUUGGAGCUUCCACUUGACCUUCCGGACACAAGCACUUGAGGAAGGGUCUUGGAGUCUGGAGCCGUGGGAUAUACCAUCAACUAUUCCCUUCCAAGGAAGCCCACCGGUCGCCUAAGCAUCUCCAGGAGACACAUAUUAGCGUGCUUGAACGAGGACCAUUAAGAAGAUACGAUAUCCGGCACAACUCGACACCGUUCGUGAUGACCC